CCGAGAUAACCCGGAAAAGGAGACAGAAUAGCGCCUCAGUUCCGAGACCGACUGUGAAACUGUCAGUCUUAUCAUGGCUGGAGCUGGAGGUGACAAGCCUUUCGCCAAGGCCGGCCCAAGCCCUUUAUCUCGGGUUUUGAGAAUCAGUCAGCUGGAUGCUUUUGAACUGGAUGGUGCACUGGAACAGCUUGUUUGGUCACAGUUCACCCAAUGUUUCCAGCAUUUUAAACCUGGGAUCUUAACCCCUGUGGAACCAGAACUCAAAGCGCUUCUCCAGCUCCUCCUGUGGAGGUUCACCAUCUACUCCAACAGUGCCACCGUGGGCCAGUCACUGCUCAACAUUCGAUACAAGAAUGCACUGAUCCCGGGACAGAAAUUCCGGCCCAUGAGCUGGCCACAGAAGUUUUGGUUUGCUUUGCUGACGGUAGGUGAAAAGUGGUUUAGAGAACGCUCCCAUAGCUUAUUUCUCAACCACCCUGCAGAGUCCAAUGCUCGCAAGGCCCACAAAGUACUCGGCAUCUUAUUGGGCCUUACCAAAGCGGCCAGCCUGGUCAACUUCUUACUGUUCCUCCAAAAAGGAACCUUUCCGACCCUUACCGAGAGAUUGUUGGGAGUGCAGCCAGUCUUCAGUAGACCCCAAGGGCCACGAGACAUCAACUUCCAGUACCUGAACCGAGAGCUGUUAUGGCAUGGCUUUGCUGAGUUUCUCAUCUUCCUGCUGCCUUUAAUAAAUGUAUGGAAGCUGAAGGCUGGUGUCUCAGCUCUGUUUUCACCUCUCAGUGACCUGACAGGAACGCAGAGUUCAGAGGAAACCCAUCUCACAGAGUGUGCCAUCUGCGGGGAGUGGCCCACAAUGCCCCACUCCAUUGGUUGCAAGCAUGUGUUCUGCUACUACUGUGUCAAGAGCAAUGUGAUUGCUGACAUUUACUUUACUUGCCCCAAAUGUGGUGCUGAGACCGGGCCGAUAGAGCCAGUCAGGCUGCAUGUAGGAACAGAGUUGCUUCAGAGCUGACACUCAGACAGCCCGCUGAUUGACUUGAGAUACACAUACAACAGAGUAACUUGAGAUCAAGUUGAACGUUUGAAUCUAUCACAGCGAUUAGUUGAUGAAAGCAUAUGCCUUGUGCCUUUUUUUCUGAAAUGAGAGCAUUUGUUGCCAUGAAAUAUGCAGAAUUUUGUACAAAGAGACAAACUUAAUGAUGUAAAAUUCUAAAACAUCAUUUGUGUCGCUAAUUUAUUCAGCCUCAUUAAAGUUUGAUGGGAGCUGUGUAUCAGAGGUCCACUUUUCUGCAUUCUUGGAUUGAGCACUGAGCAAAUGAAUAAACAUCAAAACAAGCCUUUGCUCAACUGCCUGCACGAUCCAAUUCCCCUCAUCCCCUAUGAAGGAAGAAAUUUGCACAAGAUCAAGGAGAGGCCAUGAUAGCACCAGGGGGUAGUGGGGUAAGAUGCAGAUUGACAGGCAUCCCAUCCUAAUCUCCAUGGCCCUUCUUAAUACGCCAGUAAACUGUAACAAACCAGAGUAGGACCGAUGCAAGUUUCGGGCAUAUUAUGCUCUAAGCCUAAUAAUGACUGCAAAGAUGGGUAUUUAUUCUGCUGUUAACUCUCUCCAGUGAGCCAUGCCUCAGGCCAAACACAUCCAAAUGGACUCAGACCUUCUGGAAACUCGCACUCUAGUUUUUUUUUUUCCUCCCCCAGACCACAUUGCCUUAAUUGCCCAUUGUGAAGGCAAUCAGUCAAUUCUCUGGGCAAGAGGGAACCAGUGGUUUCCAAGAUUUUGUCAUUUUUUGAAAUCGCUGAUCUCAAGUUCACUGUGACAAAGACUUGAAAAUUGGGAACAUGGCACACCGCUUCACCCUCAUGUGGAUUCGCUGACAUUAUUAUGCAUAUGGUCGAAAACACAGGACCACCAAGAAGUGUAGCUCUCGGUAUAUUCAAAACUGUCCAAGUUUACGUGAAAACUGAGUUAACAAAAAAAUGUUCAAAAGAUAUUUAAUGUGUAACAGCGUCUGUUUAUACCCUUUGUUUUCCUUCAUAGGAUUAAAGUAACUUGCCGCCACUGUUCUGGAAAUGUUCAGUAAUGAUUGCCAAUUUACAAUAUACUCAACAUAUGGUUCUGGUGUUUUCCACAUAUAUGUAGAUCGAAUCCAGGGAACAUCUGUCCUUCAAAAUACAUUUUUAAUGACUUCAAAAGCAUUCAUAUACAAUCUUAAAACAAUCGUAAAACUGAAUACCAAACAUGACAGACUGUUGUAUUGUAUGUGUAAUUACAACAAAUGAAAGUAGAAUUUUUUUUGACGUUUGCUUCCUGCUAAACUAUAUAAAUGUAAGCGAGUAUAUUCUAAAAUUAAUUAAUUAUACAUAUUGUUCAUUAGUGGUUGAUUUGCUUAAUCAGAAGUGGGUAGAGUAAAAAGGUAUGCAAUGAUAAAAAAAACAACAGUAAUACAAUAACAUUAUUUAAUUAGAUUUUAACUUUGUUAAGGGGAUCAGUGUUAAUUUCUGUGAACAGUGGUAGCUUAAAAGCUGAUUUCCUAAUCGAAGCACCACUUAUACUUCAAUAAAAAGAGACACUCUGUAUAACCUAUGCAUAUUUUUUUACAUAUAUUGUGAUAAAAUAAACUAAUGAGAUGAAAGCCAUCCAGUAAAAUAAAAGUAUUUUUUGUUGUAAAAUAAAUAAGUGUGGGAACACAAUGUGUAUUUUAUGAAUCCAAACGCACAAACAUCAUCGGAAGUUAAAUGCAUAGAUUUCUUUUGUCAUUUUUCUGUGUAACAGUUAUCUGAAGAGUCGACCCUCAUUUUGCUCUUUAUCUUCUCCAAAUCUCAUUUACCCUCAGGAUUGCGACUGUCUCCAAUCAGCCAUAAAAUCUGCAGACUUUGACAUCAUUUACUUUGCCAAUUGCCCACGUUCUAUUUUUUCUGUCUUUUCUUUUUAACAUACACACUGGGUGUUAAAGUAGACAUGGCCAGAUUCACACUCUGAUGAGUGAUCCUGCUCAUUACAAUCCACACGUUCUUGAACUUUUGAUGUCAGGCAUUGAGUUCUCUGAUUAACAGAUUUGGAUUUAAAGAGCUCUACUUUUGUGUAAUGCUAGUACUUACCCUUUGCGGCUAUUCUAUGCUAAAUUAAAUAGCAGCCAAAAGAUGUACUCUACUUUAUAUCUGGGUUCAUAAGACUCUUAAAAAUAUUGGUUUUAUUUUUUUCUCAAAUUCUGUUUAGUUUUUUAUUGUUUGUAUUUUCAUUGUAUAUGACUUUUUAAUUUUAAUUUUCCUUCUGUUUUCUUUGUUAGUAUUAUUGCAGCUAUGUUUCUGACACCAUUUGCUUAAGAACUUUUUUGACACUUAAAUGCUGGUGAAAUUAAUGACAGAGCAGCUCUGUAGCAGGGAUGUGCAGACAAUUAGAAGAGUAGCGGCUGAAGUUGAAAAGAGACACUUUUCUUUUUUUUUUAACUGCAU